CAUAACUCAACAACGCCUGGACCGAUUUCGCUCAUUCUUUUUUUGUUUGGGUCGUAAUUGUCAGGAGAAGGUUCUUACGGACGAAAAAUUUGAGAAAGUUAUCGGGUUAGAGAAAUAUGACGAGGUGGUGAUGAAAUUACAGAGGCGCCAUCUAUCCAGCAAAUAGUCAACUAAAUUAUUUUUGGUAGUCAAUGGCAACCAUUUAAAUAAAAUAAAUCAUUUAUUUAAAAUGUUUUUAAAAAUGCAUGCAAAUAGACAUACAAACAACGCAAAUGUUCGCAAAUGUUCGUUGAAGUCCAAGGAUAGUUUUUACGGCUAGAAAAAUUAGAAUUAUUGCUGGAAAAACCCUAAAAAUAGCCCUUUUCUUUUUAAAAUAGCCCUUCCUAUAAUAUUUAUAAUAUAAUACUGAUCGUAUCCAUGGCAACCAACAAUCGUGUUUUGUGCAGAGUGUUUAGUUAGUUAGUGUUUGUUUAGUUCGUGAUUAGUGAAAAAAUAAUUUAUAUUUGAUAUGCCUCCUAUAAGACGAAGCAAUUUAGGUAGAAGAACCAGAAAUGCUACAAACCAAGCUAAUUACCGAUCUAAUUCACAAACGCGUGAAGCGCGAGCAAGUUUGAAUCGAACUGCUUUUAGUUACGAUGUGUCAAUUGACUACAGUAACUACCAAUGUGUUGUUAUUGGUUCUAUGAACUCGGUUUGCUCACACUGUAAGGCAUUAAAAUACAAAAACGAAGCCAAUGGAUUGUGUUGCGCAAAUGGUAAAGUGAAAUUGAUACCAUUGGAUCCACCACCAGAACCAUUGUACUCAUUGGUUUCAGGAAUAGGAACAGAUUCUAUACACUUUUUGACAAAUAUCCAACAAUAUAACAAUUGCUUUCAAAUGACUUCAUUUGGGGCAACAAAUGUAGUUCGGGAAAAUUUUAUGCCAACUUUCAAGAUACAAGGGCAAAUAUAUCAUAGAGCAGGUUCACUGUUACCAGUGUCAGAUAGCGACAACAAAUUCCUGCAAAUUUAUUUUAUGGGCAAUUCACCACAAGAAAUUGAUCUGCGUUGUGCACAUAACAAUUUAGUAAAGAGGUCUAUUGUAGAACAAUUACAAACUUUAUUUCAUCAGCACAAUCAAUUGAUUAUAUUGUUUAAAACUGCCCUGGAUCUGAUGCCAUCCGAUAAUCACAAAAUUGUAAUCAGAGCUGAUAAAACACCUGCAGGUCAACAUACAAGACGUUUUAAUGCACCAACUAUUGAUGAAGUUGCUAUCGUUGUAGUUGGAGAAAACUUGGAAUCCCGUGAUAUUGUUUUACGUCGUCGGAAUGAUCAAUUACAACGUAUAAAGGAAACACACCGCUCAUAUGAUGCACUGCAAUAUCCCAUUAUAUUUUGGCAAGGUGAAGAUGGCUACGAUUUCUCAAUAAAAAUGAUAAAUCCCAUUGCAGGUUCUGAAACCAACAAAAAAGUCAGUUCAAUGAACUAUUAUUCAUACCGCCUAAUGAUUCGGGAAAAUGAAGAUAAUCACAUAUUGAAAUGUCGGCGAUUAUAUCACAAAUAUGUUGUUGACAUGUAUGUUAAAAUUGAAACGGAAAGAUUAACAUUCAUCAGGUUGAAUCAAACCAAACUCCGAUCUGAAGAGUAUAUUCACCUUCGAGAUGCGAUUAAUACUGAUGGAAAUGCACAGAAUGUCGGUCGGAUGACUAUUCUUCCAGCAACAUACAUCGGAAGCCCUCGGCAUAUGCACGAAUAUGCUCAAGAUGCCAUGUCGUAUGUUCGUCAUUAUGGUACAGCAGAUUUGUUCAUCACAUUUACAUGCAAUCCGCAAUGGAUAGAAAUCAAUCAGGAGUUAUUCUCUGGGCAAUCACCCAUUGAUCGUCAUGAUAUUACAGCCAGAGUCUUUAGACAAAAGUUGAAAUCUUUAAUGGAUUUCAUCGUAAAACAUAAUGUGUUUGGUGAGACACGCUGCUGGAUGUAUUCUGUGGAGUGGCAGAAACGAGGAUUGCCACAUGCACACAUUUUGAUUUGGUUGGUUGAAAAUAUAAGGCCAAAUGAAGUUGAUGCAGUGAUAUCAGCUGAAAUCCCUAAUGUACAAGUAGAUCCUGGAUUGCAUGAGGUAGUUAUCAAAAACAUGAUACAUGGUCCCUGUGGAACUCUUAAUCAAAAUUCACCGUGUAUGAUGGAUGGUAAAUGUUCAAAACGAUAUCCACGGACAUUAAUAUCGGAAACAAUUACUGGUAAUGACGGUUAUCCAUUGUAUCGUCGCAGAUCGACAGCAGACAAUGGAAAAUCAACAAUUGUCAAAUUAAAUCAACAAGAUAUUGAAAUAGAUAAUCGUUGGAUUGUUCCAUAUUCACCCAUUUUAUCAAAGACAUUCAAAGCACACAUCAACGUUGAAUCUUGCCAUUCAGUGAAAUCUAUUAAAUACAUUUGCAAAUAUGUAGCCAAAGGGAGUGAUAUGGCUGUGAUUGGAAUUGGUGCAGAGAAUUCCAAUGAUGAAGUUACCCAAUACCAAAUGGGCCGCUAUGUCAGUAGUAAUGAAGCAGUUUGGCGAAUAUUUUCUUUUCCUAUUCAUGAGAGACACCCUUCUGUUGUUCACUUAGCUGUGCAUUUAGAAAAUGGACAAAGAGUGUAUUUUACAGCACAGAACGCAGUACAAAGAGCUGCUCAGCCACCAUCUACUACAUUAACCAGUUUUUUUGAGACAUGCCAAAACGAUGAUUUCGCACAAACAUUGCUAUAUUCUGAAAUGCCAAAAUAUUAUACCUGGAAUCAAUCCUCAAGGAGAUUUAUACGACGGAAACAAGGAAAACCAGUUCCAGGAUAUACAGAUGUAUAUUCCACCGAUGCGAUUGGCCGGAUUUAUUCAGUACAUCCAAGCAAUGAUGAAUGUUUUUACUUACGACUGCUAUUAGUCAAUGUACGUGGCCCAACAUCAUUCCAACAGUUACGAACUGUUGAUGGUGAAUUGUGUGUAUCCUACAGAGAAGCCUGUCAACGUUUGCAAUUGCUUGAAAAUGACGCUCAUUGGGAUCAAACUCUCAAUGAUGCUGUAAUAUCAUCACACGCUCAUCAAAUACGAACAUUGUUUUCUAUAAUCAUAUCUACAUGCUUCCCAUUGAUUGUUUGGGAUGAAUGCACGAUGGCACAUAAAAAAUCUUUGGAGGCUUUGGACAGAACCUUAAAAGAUCUACGGAGCAAUAAUAACCGAUUUGGUGGUGCAAUGAUUUUAUUAGCAGGAGAUUUUCGUCAAACAUUGCCGGUGAUUCCACGAUCAACGCCAGCUGAUGAACUCAAUGCAUGUCUAAAGUCCUCCAGUUUGUGGAAACAUGUCAAAGUACUUCAUUUAAGCAAGAAUAUGCGUGUCGAGUUGCAAAAUGACCAAUCUGGAAACAUAUUCUCUAAACAACUCAUUGACAUGGUAAUGGCAAAUUUCCUAUAGACAUGUUGACUGGCUGCAUUAACUUUCCUCUAAGUUUUUGUCAGUUAACUCGAUCAAAAGAUGAACUUAUUCAGAAGGUGUUUCCAGAUGUUUCUCAAAAUUACAGAAACCAUGAUUGGUUGAGCGAACGAGCUAUACUGGCUGCAAAAAACAUAGAUGUAAAUGAAUUAAAUUUCAAAAUUCAAGAACAAAUUACAGGCGAAUUGAUGAUAUAUAAAUCAGUUGAUUCGGCUACUAAUCAAGAUGAUGUAGUCAACUAUCCACCGGAAUUUUUAAACUCGCUGGAUUUGCCAGGAUUGCCACCUCACAAUCUUCAAUUAAAGGUUGGAUCGGUGGUUAUAAUGUUGCGAAAUAUCAACCAACCGCGUCUUUGCAACGGUACACGGUUAGCGAUAAAAAAAUUACUAAACAAUGUGAUAGAAGCAACUAUACUCAAAGGAAAGUAUAAAGGAGAAGAUGUUCUCAUACCGCGCAUCCCAAUGAUUCCGACUGAUGUGCCAUUUGAGUUUAAACGACUACAGUUUCCAGUGCGUCUUGCUUUUGCUAUGACUAUAAACAAGUCACAGGGGCAAUCAUUAAGUGUUUGUGGUAAUAAUCUAGAAAACCCAUGUUUCUCACAUGGUCAAUUGUAUGUUGCCUGUUCCCGUGUUGGAAAACCAUCAGAUUUGUUUAUCUAUGCGCCAGGUAAUCAAACAAGAAACAUCGUAUACCACAAAGUACUACAAUGAUAAUAAUAAUAAUUAUGAUUCACAUGAUUAACAAUAA